ACUGGCAACCCCGACUUCUUAGGUUAAAGUUAAUGAAGAAUAAUGGUGUAUUUUUAUUGGGAUUAACUUACUAUUUCCAAUUUCACAAUCAUGGACUUUGGUAGCUUUUUGAGAAUUCAAAAAACAGCUGGAGCAGGUAUGUGAAUAUUCUACCUAGUAAUAGCAAUAAUGGGCUAAAACUGAGGACGGCUGCCACGGCGUCUUUUGUGUGUUUAUUAUAGUUGCAGUGAAUUAGUUAGUUUAGUUAUUUUAGGUUAACGUUGAGGGAUCGAUUUAUUUAGGGUUCAGGUUAGGCAUAAUAGGGAUCUAUUUAGGGUUCAGGUUAGGCAUAGGGAUCGAUUUAGGGUUCAGGUUAGGCAUAGGGAUCGAUGGUAAAAGUGCAGUUCAGGUGCGUAUAUUAUUUCUGUUUGAAUCUCUUAUUUUCCCGUGUAAACUUAUGUUAAUUCUUUAUAAAAAGUAUUUUAAAAGUUAUAUACCAUCUUUUUAUUGGAAUACAACAACAAUUUAACAAAUUUUACGAGAUAAAAAAAGUACAUUUUUAUGAAUCUUUCGUGUUUUACGGAGCCAUUGUGGUAAAUCAAGGAUAACUCUUCUGUCUUUAAAGAUACUUUAUAAAAGUUGCCCAAUUGGAUGAAUCUUGUUAAAAUAAAAGAUCCCUGUAUAAAAUAAUCCCUGUAUUUAUUUAUUUAUACUUAUAAAUGUAAAAAAAUUCCAUAGAAAAUUAGAAAUUAAUGUCUAAAGAAUAUUAUUAUUAUUAUUUUGGGGAAAUUUUAAAAAAUAUAUUUAACAAAUUUUAAUUAAUUAAUACAAAUAAGUGUUGAGUCAGAAUAUUUUAUACAUUUUUUAUAAGGAAAAUUAUAGACUUUAAAGAAUUUUUUUUCUGAAUGUUAACAAUAACUAAAAAUAAAAUUUUAUGGUGUUUUUUUUUUAGUAAAAUGCAUAUUUAACUAUAUUCCCUGUAAAUAUUAUAUUUUUAUCUAAUUUUGUUAUAAAGUUAAAGGUGUAAAACCAAAAGACAAAUAGGGGGUCACAGUUGUGGAGGAAAACUCCAUGGUAAAAAAGUGGUUUUGAGGUCCUCACUAAAAAAAUCAUAACUUUUGAAUCACUCGGGCUAGAAAUUUAAUCUUGGUGUUUUUGUAAUCUAUUCUACACUAUUCUCUGUAGUAUUCUAUUUUUAAUGUUUUAAAAUUUACAUCAAAGUGCCUAGCUAUAGCAUUUUUAUGCUUGAACUUGAAAUGAUGGAAUUAAUUUUUCAAACAUUUGAUAUUGUUGGUUAAUAUAUGCUAACUUUACUUCUUUUUUUCUUCUGGAUACAAUUAAUAAAAAAUAUUUUAAUUUAACAUUUAUAUUACUUCAUAGACAACAACAUUUCCAAAAUUUGUGAGGUUAGGAUCAGUGCAUUGGUCAGAAAACAUGUUAACAAUUUUUAAAAAAUCAGAUUUAAAUCUUUAAAUAUGCAAUUAAAAAUUUUUUUAUGGAUUUAAAUACUAUUAACUAUGUUAAUUUUCAAUCUUUGUAAACAUUAAUAUUCUUCAAAAUCUCAAGAAAUCCAAUUUUUUUAAAAAAGAUGUAAGUAAUCAAUUUAAAUAAAAUAAAUCAGGCUUUUGUUUGUUGUUUUUUCUUAAAAUCAUAAUGUUUAUCAGCUCUGCAAAGAAACUUCACCAUCUUCUCCAACUGCAAACCAAUAUUUCAAUCGGCAGAGCAUCAAGAUCUUCCAACAGUAAAAUCACUACGUCUCAAAAUAAACACCUUCCUCAAACCUUUGUAGUCAAGCUAGCCUUACAAAGGAUACCAUGGAGCAUCCAAUGAAUAGCCAAACAUACCUACAUCACUCAAAAUUGCAAAUCAGCUAACAAAAUAUACGAAUUAUAACCAAUUUAAGUAAAUGAAACAGUAUAUGUAGGCUUUAAUUAUCAUGAGUGAGACAAAAUACAAAUUUAAACCUUUCGGUUAUGUCUUCUUCAGAAGUGCAGAAUAAAAAUUAAAAUAAAUUAAAUUUUAGAUAAUGUAAGUAAGUCCUACUUAUUAUUAUUAUUAAAAAUGAAAUAAAGGAAAUGAAAAAGAAUGGGCAACACCAGAUUUGUGUUAUUGGUUAAAUUGGGAACAUAUUCAGCCUGCCAUUGGUAGUUCUCUGCUUGAAGAAAUUUUUUGUGGAGUCCAAAUGUAAUUCAGAUUUGUUGUCAUUUACUGGGAGAUAAGAUUCGACUAAGCAUUGCUUCAGUGCAAGUUUUUUUGUGCUUUUGAUAGGAAGGCCCUAAUUCAUUAAGUAUUAGUGUGAGAGGUGUUUUACACUGAAGCAUGCUGACUUAAAUGACAUUUAGUUUCACUCCCUUCACAUGUUCAAUAAAGCUGUCGUCAAGUCUCAUUAUUUGAGGAAAGUACAGAAGUUUUGGUUAGUAUGUUGCCACAAAUAAGCUUUGCCUGUGUGGAUGCAAUACAUGGACUUACACUCUCACAAACAGUUAUAUCACACUCACUGCCUUAUAACAGGCAUCUUUUUUGACAAUUAUUUUAAUUAUAAGCCUAGCUGAGCCAGUGCCUAUAGUUGUCAUUUCAGUGACAUAAAAGUCAUGUCCCAGUGCCACAUGCAUUGUUAGAUAAAAAAAAAUAUAAAAAGUGUAAUUACGAUAUCAAGAUUGUAGGUAAUUAUAUACCAAACAAACUAAAAAUAUCUAUUCAUUAAAAUUUCAUCUUGUACUGUUAAGAAAACUAUAAUUUAGAACUAAUAAAAUUGUUUUUAAAGCUGUAGCUGGAGGAAGAGGACGAGGGAGAGGAAUGCUUCCUUAUUAUGAUGUGAGGGCAGAUCCUGCACAAAGUAGACAUUGGGGGCAUGAAAGAGGAGAUUACAGCUCAAGGGGAAGAGGAUUCAAUAGAGGUCACUAAUAUCAACUCAUAAUUUUAGAUGGCUGUCUUAUUCAGUCUGAUGUCUAAUUUUUUAGAAAUGAUUAAUAUUGAAACAUUGUUUAAUUUUGUAUUAAUCAAUAUUUUUCCCAUGAGCACUCAGUUAAUUUAGUUGAAAAAUGAGGAUAUUGUUUCAUUUUAUUAGAGUUUGAAUUUAUUUUGUACAGCUUCUUGCUGCUGCCGUAAUAAAUGUACCCACUAUUUCAUUCUAAUAGCGCAACCCAGAGGUGGUCAUUUUGUGAGAGGAAACAGGGGGCACCAUUUACAGCAUAGACACAACUAUGAAAAUAACAAUGGUAUUUAACAGAGUUUCUGUUCUUUAAAGAAAUAUUUUUUAUUUAUGUAUAAACAUUUUUGCCAAAAAAGCUUACAAUCAAUUAAUAAAUAUUAUUUUUAUCAACAUUUUUUUUUUUAGCAAUUUGUGAUCAAAAUUCUUUGGUAUUCAUUUAUUAAUAUCUGACAUUAAAAAUAUUCACCAGCUUAUUAUGAAAUGCAAUAUGGAGAUAGCUUGGAAUAUUCUGAAGACCGAUUACGAGAAUCUGGAGAACAGUACACAGGUGUUGAUUAUGGAGACCCUGCACUAAAUACAAAUACUAGAAACCAAUAUAAAAAUUAUGAAGGUGAUUUCACUCAACCUGUAGACCAACAUAUUAAAAAUAAAGUUCAACAUGGAGACCUGUACAAAAACAAUAAAGGCCAGUAUGGGGAUCAGUAUGGAGACAAUGAAGGUCCAUGGGGAGAUCAGUAUGGAGACAAAAAUGGCCAGUAUGGCGUCCAUUAUGGAGACAGUGAAGAUCAAUUUGGAGACCAGUAUGGAGAUGGUGAAGUCCCAAAAGGAGAUCAACAGGGAGAUACUGAGGGCCACGAUACAAUGGUAUUAUUAUUUAAAUGGUUGCACUAACAUCAGUGCACACUUAUAAUUUGGAUAAUAAGAUUGAUAAUUGAUUCAAACCUUUUUUUUUCAUAUUUAGGGUAGGGAUUUAUUUCUGAUUCCAGAUAUGAUCUGAUUAAUUAGAAUUAUUUUAAAGUUUUAUGAUUGUGCAGAUUGCACCACCUUUAAAUUGACUUUUAUACUGUAGGAUCAAUUUAAUGUUCUCUGGGUCUAAGUGCCUUUAGCAUCACUUCAUUUAUAAAUUGAAAACAAGGGUUCUUUUCUAUGAAAAUGGUGCAAAAAUUUUUAUGAUUAUUUAAAACAAGACAGUUACUGGCCAAAAAUAGCAUGUGUAAAGAAUUUAUACACAAUUUAAGUAAAGCAUUUUAAGGCAAGGGGAUUAAACUUUAUAUUAUGAAAAUUAACAUUGCUCAAAAGGUUGUCGCUCGUGCUAACAAAUAAUUUAUUGGUCAGGAAUCUUGUUUAAGAGGGCACAGCUGUAUAUUCUAAAAAUGCAACCUAUUCAAAGGCUGUCUCUCUUAGCAUUAGAUAAAUGACAGCCAUUACAUUUUUUAAAAUGUGAUAUUUUUCAAAGACCUUGUAAACCAUGUCAAAAUUUCAAGGUGGGGGGGUUUGGGUGUUGUUUGUAUCCGAGUGAAAAGCUUAACUUGUUUAAUAGUUUUGAAUCUAUCUGUAUCAUUCAAUUCAUAUUUUAUUCCACUUUGAUUAAUCAGAAAUUGGUAGCAAUUAGCUGAAUCAUAUUUUCAGAUCAAAAUAAUCAUUGCCUAGUUGUAAGAUUAAAUAAAUCAUGUAACCAUAAACAAUUUGCUUGUUAACAAUUAUCACCUAUUUUCCUAAUAAAAUACAAAUUAAAGAAAAAUAUUGAAAUUCUCUUUUCACAACUAUUAUUUGAUGUUAGGCUUCAUUUGUAAAAGCCACAAGCUAAACAUAAUUAAUAUUUACUUUUCUUAGUUAAUAAAUUACAUCUUACAUGACGUCUUUCUUAACUAAUUUAAAGAUGCACAAUCUUAUCUUGAUUCAAGUAAUGUGUUACGAACUUGAAAUUAUCAGUACAAUAGCUUCAGUGUCUAGGCGUAAUUUAAUUACUAACAAACCAAUGAUUCAUUUAACAAACGUCUCUUUAUUAAAAUAUACACUGUGUCUUCUUCUUUCAUAACGUUCUCACUCAGCAACUCCAUUACUAACGCUCCAUUACUCAGAAUUACUGCUUUUCUAAAACCAUAACUGCUUUUCUAAAACCAUAACAAAAUAUAUCAUCAUUUCCCAUACCCAAAAACGUUUUAAAAAAUACAAAUCAAAUAGAAACAGCUACUCAAAUACUCUCAGCACCAAACACGCACGCACAAAACACGAACAAAUCAUUAACAUAAUGUACCACAAACUUGUGAUUGGGUGGAUUAUUUUUUUUAAACUAAUAAUUUACAUUUAGAAUGAUUUUAAGAGUAUGCAAAUUUAUUUAAUUUUUUUUGGAUAUUAUGAACAAAAUAUUGAAAGAUUUGUGAAUAAUGGUGAAGAAAAGAUUUGAACAAUAAUAUCAAAAUUAACUUAAGCAUUUUUUUUUUACAGUUAUAUUUCCAACAUUUUGCCAUCUACCUGGAAUAAUCAGCAAGAAGCUAAUUUCCUACACUAAUUAGGACAUUUGUCAGGGAAAAAUGUAAAAUUGGUGGAUCACAUUGCACAAAAUUAUAAGCAGAGUAUAUAUUUGUCUUUAGUGUGCUCAUAAUCCAAGGAGGGAACAAAAUUCUAAACUUUACUCUUUAAUUUUUCAAGGACACUGAGGAAAGAUUACAAAAUUCAGAACGAAGUGUUGAUGAUUUCCAAAGUUCCUCAAACAAAGUCCAACCCACAACAAGAGAACAUGAACCAGGGGACAAAACUAAAAAUAAUCAAGCUGUUAAGGAGGAUGAGUGUGAAGAAGAUCUGGAAAAAAGUGAUGAAGAAAAAGAUGAGACCACUAAAGCAAUUGAAAAGCUCCCAGUCAGACAUCAACGGGGUUUGAUGAGCACUCUUAUAGGAUUAGCUGGUCCAGAAGUUCAAAACAGAAAGCCAGACCCCUUACCUCGUCCACAACCCAUGAAAUGUAAGUAAUAAUGUGGGAAAUGCACUGUUAUGUUUAAGAAAAGUCACACCACGCACUACAAAGUUAAGAGAGUAUUUACUUUUAUGCCAUGUGUUUUUAUGCAAAAAAUCAUUUUCAUUAUUGGAAUAAACAUGCUUUGUUUUUAAAUCCUUAUAUUUAUAUUUACUGUGCUUUUUGUUAGUAUUUUUGUGGCAAAAUCUUCGAAACGUUAAAUGACACACUUCCCAUCAUCCUAUCAAGCUGAAACUUGACACAUAGACUCGCUGCUGAUGACAACACAGUCUUUCAAAUUUACUACCCCACCCAUAUAUCAUCAUUUCCCAUACCCAAAAAUGUAAAAAAAUACAAAGCAUAUAGAAACAGCUACUCAAAUACUCUAAGCACCAAACACGCACGCACAAACAGCCCCGCCCUCAACCCCAAAAAAUCUGUUUAUCCUGUUUUUCAAGAGCACGCUAAUUAAUAUACUUCCAUCAUCUUAUUGUGCUAAAACUUGGCACAUAGACGCCGACAAUGACAACGCAUUCUUUCAAAUUUUCAUCCCCAACCCUCAAAAAUCAGUUUUAACUACUGCACCAGAUGCCACGAUUUCAUGAAAUAAAACUUGCAAUAACUGCGCUAAAUAAGAUUCUUUACAAUAUCGCAAGUGUGUUUGGUGCGCAAUAUUUUCUUUUGUCUUACGGAAAUAGUUGGUGUAAUAAAUCUGAGGUGUAAAAGUGGGUGGGAAAUUAGAAUAUUAAUAUGGUUCCGGGUCGUGGAAAAAUGGGGGGGGGGGAAUAAUUUGGAUUCUUGUACUAUGUAAUUUUCAGCCCCCAACCUCCAAAAAUCAGUUUUUCAAGGGGGAGAUGAAGGAAAGAUGAUGCAAUGAUUUCUUAAGAACUGUAACCACCGUUAAGUUGCACAAAAAAUGCAUAUAAAGGAUAUAUAUAAACAUUUUUGCUUUUAGGGGUUGUUAAAUUUGGUGAGACAAUAUAUAUUUUAAUUUAAAUUACACAGUUUUAUUUUAAAGUUUUUUUUAAUGUAUCUUCAAUUUCAAUUGCCUUAAAGAAAUACUAUCUAUAUAAAAAUAUUCCAAGCCUUCCUUCUCCAACCAACUCACCUCAAUUGGUACACACUCUUAUGGUGGCCAUUUUAAAGUCAUGCUUGAUUUAUAUUUUUAAGUAUGACAGUUGAAUCACACACACACCAGCAAAUCAUAUUUAUGUUACUUUGAACAUUUGAGAGAGUUUAACUGUGCAGUUAAUAAUAUGUAGCUUAAAGUAUGAAUGGAACAAGAAUUAAAUGACCAUCAUUGGAGCUGGUGUCUGUUAGUGUUUUCUUUUACAUCAUCGAUAGUCCUGCACUAACUACACACAUUUGUGUCACAGAAUAGGUAGCAGACAUGUUUACCCUCAAACUCCUAAAAUCGUACAAUAUCAUCACAAAAUCGUUCAAUACAUUAUCUAAAUAGUAAAAAAUAAACAUGCAGUAUAUAAAAUGUGUACCUCAAAAUCGUAAAUUGUACACCAAAAUCGUAAGAGUAAACAGGUCUGAGGUAGUAAUCAUCUGAUCUCGAUUAUGUAGUAGCUAGUUUGAAUCCCAAGGUUUGGACAUUUGUUUUUGCUUUUACAAUGAAAAUUAAAUAAAAUUAUUAGUUGGUUUAUUUUAAUUAUAUUUUAUAUUUAAAACACAAUUGAUUUGCAACUGGUAAAAAGGCAUUUUUAAUUAAUAAUAAUGGUGAGGGAAAGAGGGUGUGGUUUUGGGUUAAUAAUUAGAGUACAUUAGGUUAGUGCAGGCCAGCUGGUGUGCCGUGGUUAGCCACGAGAUGCUGCAAUGUGUGCCACGGCAUUAAGACACCAAGGGGAAAAAACUGCAGAGUUUAUGGUGAGUUCAAUUAUGAAUAUAAUCAGGAACCGUAAAAAAAUAGAAAAUUGAUUAGCUUAUUACCAAUUUAUUAUAACUUUGCAAAAUUCACAGAAUAUGUACAAAUAUAAAUCUUGUUUUUUUCUCAUUAAGUAUGUCAACAAUUGUGUUGGAAUUUUUGUGUACACCACCCACCCCUUGCUAAUGACACCUUUUAAACUUUCAAGGACCCCCCCCCCCCCCUAAUUAAUUAUGUCAACAAUUGUUUUCCAACCUCCCUCCCCACCACCCCCAAAAGAAAAUAAAAAUAAAUAAAUAUGGAUUUUUUAAAAUGCUUUUAAGGAAGACAGAACACAACAAAUUUCUGAAACAAAUUUUAAACUUGUACCAGCUAGAAUAUCUGAAUAUAGUCAAUUUUAUUUUGCAUAAUUUCUUAAAAGACUUGAUACCGUCUAAAUAUUAUUGUUAUUAAAUUUAAUGCUAGUGUUUGUUUUUUUUCAAAUUCAUGUACAUAUGACAGAUGUUCCUCUUUUGCAAUAAUGCAUAGCCCUGAUUAAAUUAUCAUGCCAUAUUGAUAUUAUUAUGGAACCAGCUGACUAACUAUUCAGUGCUUAAAAUAUCAGCAUUUUCUUGAUGUGCAAUAAUUGUUAACACCUCUAUCUGUCUUUUGGCUGCCAUUUAAAUUUGCUACAUCUUUUUUUUUCUUUUUCUAAUAAUACAUUAUUGUUAUUGUUCUGAAAAUUUGAAUUUGAGAAUUUUAUAGCCAUUUAAAUUAUAUUUAUUUUGCUACAAAUUAUGGAGGCCUAUUUAUAAUUUAUAUGCACAAUUAAAUCAAAGAAAAAUAGAAUUGUUAACUGUAAGGUCUAUUUAUCCCCUCUCCCCUCUCUUGUCAACAUUUGUCAAACUUUUUCCACUCCCCCCUCCCUCCAUAUUUUGUUGCCGUAAUUAAUGGACGGCCCCAUAUUGGAAAUAUUUAAUAAAUCUUAACAUGCUUCUCUUAAGAUAAUUUCUACAAAGGCUAACGCUAAAUUGCAUAAAUGGAUGACUUUAUUGUACCGGUAGCAACGAAAGAAUAUUUUGUUAAUUGCAAGGUCAAAGGGAAACCUUCUGCCUUAUUCUGAUUAAUUAAACACAAGCUCCUCGACUCACCAAAGAUUUUAAGAAAUAUACCAAAGAAAAAUUCUGCAUACCAUAGGAAAAAGAAUGGAGUAUUGAAUUUUUCUCAACAGCUUCUAGCUAUUAUUAGAUUGAUGCAACUGAAAUAAAAACAGAUCAUUAGAAAUGAAAUAAUGAAUCUUAUACCAUUUUGUGUUAUCUGGAAAAAAAAUCGAUUUAUUUGCUUUCCAAUCAAUUGACUUCAACACGAAUUUCUGGAAUUAAGGAAUAAUGAUAAGCUGAAAAUCUGGGAAAGCGUAGGUGUGCCAGGGAACUCUGAGAUGGGUCUAAGUGUUUCGUCGGUGAACAAAAGUUGCGGAGCACUGUUUUAGUUGAUACAUUAUGCACAAUACAUUUUUCAAUGUGGUAUAAUCAAAUUAAAUGUUAUUGUUUUUUUUACCCAUUUAGUUUCUUUGUACAUUCCAAAUUUCUUGAUAAUUAUGGUUUUCAUUUAUUCUUCUUUUUAGUCUAAUUUUUUUUUUUUUUUUUAAUGGCAUCAUUGACUUAACAUAAUGCCAUUGCCAAUUUGUACAUAUUACAGUGGUGGAUGAUAAAACAAUGUAUCUAAGCACAAACAAGCAAAAUGUAUGCAAAAUUGAUGACAAUGCUUUAUUGGAAUAUGGAAUCACCCAGAAUAUGCUAGAUGAAGACUUUGUACAUUCCAAAUUUCUUGAUAAUUAUGGUUUUCAUUUAUUCUUCUUUUUAGUCUAAUUUUUUUUUUUUUUUAAUGGCAUCAUUGACUUAACAUAAUGCCAUUGCCAAUUUGUACAUAUUACAGUGGUGGAUGAUAAAACAAUGUAUCUAAGCACAAACAAGCAGAAUGUAUGCAAAAUUGAUGACACUGCUUUAUUGGAAUAUGGAAUCACCCAGAAUAUGCUAGAUGAAGCUAAUUUAGAGAUUGAUGAUACUCCAGCCAAUGAAAGGGAUUUGUUACCAAAUGAAAUUGGCAAAGAAAUAAACAAAGAGUUUUUUUGCAAGGUAUUUAUUUAUUCAACUUUUUUUUAUUUAUCCUACUUUGUAAUAAAAUCGAUUAAAAAACACCCCAAAAAACCCUUUAGUUUUGAAUAGUUUAAUACAUUAUACUAACUCCAGGGUUUUUAGAAUAUUUUAAAAUAAUGUUCAUUGUUGUAUUAAAUUACAAAUUUUGCUCACAGUUGUGCCAUGUUCAAACUACAUCUAUGGGCAAUUUUCGAGACCAUCUUAAUGGAAAAGGGCAUAAAGCUGUAAGUAUAUAUCAGAAUACCUUAAGAAAUGUAAAAAUUAGACCAAAACCAGUAUAUUUGCUUGUGUGCUAAGACAAGUAUGGCUUUCAACCCAAAUUUAAUAUAAUUAUAGCGAAGGAAAGCAUUUGCAACUAGUCUAAAGAUAAACUUCCUCUAUAAAUAUUUGUUGCAAAAAUAUAGGGAAAUUGAGAUGGCUCAAACUGCCACUUAAGAGAGAUUUAUUAGCUCAUGUGCACCUUUUGUUAAAAAAUGAGUUUGUCUCUCAAAAUUCUUGCUGAAAAAGUUAUUCUUAAUCUGAGGUUUUAAUGUGUUUUGAAUUUUCUAGUCCUUUUUUAUAUAGGGCCAAGGUUGUUAACGACUUAUUUAAGAUUAGAACUACACACUGAUCUUGUAAAAAUUUAAUAAGACACUCAGUUAUGUUUAAAGAAAGAAAAAAUUUAUAAUGAAAUUACAACUAGGGUUUCUCAUGUCCCUUAUUUUUUGCAUGAUACCUUGGAAAAGGGAUGACAGAAAAUCUUAUCCCAGGAUAAGAUAAAUACAAUUAAAAAUAUAUUAUAAACUAAAUUUAACUCUGAAAGAGUUGGUUUUUAUAAUUCCUUGGUGCUAUUGUCUUUAAAUGAAUUAAUAAAUAUGUUAAGUUACAUGAGAGGUUUUUCAAUUGCCUUAGUUAUUUCAUUUUCCACUGCUUAGCCCUAGUAAUAGAUAAAAAGCUAAUAAUAUUUUUGUAUGACAAAAGUCGGAUGUGACCGUUUGUAGAAAAAUCCUUUACACUUUAUAUUACUUUAAAGUUUUGCAUUUAUCCUAGGUUGCAAAUUCUAGUUUUAAUCCGUCAUGAAAUAUUCGCCACCCAAUGUUUCUUGCAACUUGUAACAAUGGGUUGUUUCAAAUUAAAAAAACAAUUAAAAAUUGUAUCCAUAUAUGCUUAUUAAGUCUUACUAAGUUGAUUUUGGAAGGAAAAAAAACCUACAUAAUAUAAAAGUAAUUUGGCACAAAUAUAGCCUGGUAUAAUAAGUUACGAGAGCACAGGUUCCCAGCCAAUAGGACGUGACCUCAAAUGAGGUUUUGAAGAGAUGUCUGUUUGGCUGAAACAAUAUAAUAAGAGAAUUUUAAAUAGCUUUCUUUUUGAAUAUGUGUCUUAUAGUUUGAUUUGCUAUAAUUUCAGUCAUGGUUUUAAAUAUGUUAGUCAAUUAAAAUGCCAAAGAAUUAAGUUAUAAUAUGUUUUAAUUUCCAAGAAAUUAUCCUAAUUAAAAGCCUUUUUUCAAUAUAGUGCGGAAAUAUCACUUUGCUUAUGUAUAAAUGUAGUCCGGACUUGAGAACGCUUAAGAAUCUGUGUAGUUGAGCUACGGAACUUAAUAAUUCAGCACAGCUAACUAGAUUUUACAUAUCCUAGCUUAUAGUGACAAUCUGUGACUUGCUGAAAAUUUUAAAAAACAAAAUUGUACCGGUAUUCUAAAACUUUCUACCUGGGACAGACGAAGUUCUGGGGAAGGCCUUUUUUUCCUAAAAAUUGUGCAGGAUCCCAGAUCGUAGAAGCGAAACUCUAAUUAUAACAGACCCCAAAAGAACACUAAAAAUCAUCCAUUAAAUGAAAAUAACACCCCCCCCCUUUCCAUCUCCCCUGCCCCGUCCCCUCCUGACAGCUGAUGUUAAAUAACCUUUGUAAAUAAACCCAAAAAAACACCAAAAAACCACCCAUAAAAGAAAAAAACCCCCCCCCCCCCCCCACCCUCAAUAAUCGAGAUAAAUGUCACAGCUGAUGUCAUCAAUUCAAAGGAUUCGAAUUAAGAAUGAUUAUAAUCAACUUAUAAUAUAUGCAUUGAAAAAGCACUUGAUUUAAGAAUGUACCAGUUGACCAAUAGAAUCUGACAUACUGUAUUUUCAAAUAUUAAAAGAUAGAUGUUGCUUAAAAAAUGCUCUAGUCAAUUUCUAGAAAUUAAAAAGUGUGGUAGUAAUUUUUUAGAAGUGGUUUUUCUCAAGACAAGUACUUAUGUAUUAUAAAAUCUUGAAAAUAAAAUCAAAUUUUGAUAUGCAAUGUAUAAUUCCUUUGGUGAAAAUAAAUGAUGUUCAGACUUAAGGCUCACUGGAAAUAUUGCAAAAUAUUGUAGGUGUAGACAAAUAUUUCAAUAAAAAAUUUUGAUCGCAAUGAAUGUUUAAAUAUUUUAUAGGAUGUCUGUCCUACUUUUCAAUCCACGAGUUAAAAGUAAAGUUUGAACUUCAGUAAUUUUCAAUCUCUGUAAACUUCACUCAAAUGAAAAACGAUUAUCCAUAUCUAUGUAUAUUGAAAAAAUCCAUACAUGUUAGUUAGGGAUAGGUUUUGUAUUGAUGCAAGGAUCAGCCAUUACCAUUGGUGACCAAUACAGGGUGCAAUUCUCGCUGGGCAGCACUUCAAUCAAAAGCAUGAUUUUGAUGUAGUCACCAGACUUUUCCCUAUUUUCUAAUUUCCCAUUCUUGUUAAAAAAAAAUUAUCAUAUCGGUUGUUUAACACAUUGUUGCUAGAAACAAAAAAUAUUAAGUUGAACUGUACUGCUCAUCACUUUUUUCAUGCAAAUCAACUGAUUAAUUUUAAAUUAAUAAUUUAUUUACUGCGUGAUUCUUGUCUUUUACAUUCAUGUCAAUUUAUCCCCUAUGAACCAUAUUAACGGAAUAUAUCCCUACACAAUGUUUUAGCCAAAAGUCUGCUCACUCGUUUUUUUUUUUUAACUCACAUUUAAAAGUUUCUUUUAUCAAUCAACUAGCCAAUAUACCUGGCUUUGCCCGGGUUUGUAUUUGGAAAAAAAUCUUAUAAAGCCUAAUAAGCGAAAGCGUAGUCAAAUAAACUUCUCUAAAAAAAACUAUUAAAAUUGUUUUUUCUCCUAUAAUAAGCCAGAUUUAAAAUAAUUCUUGCAAAUCUUGAAUUUGGGGCCCAUCCCGAUUGAGGUUAUAUUUCUGAAAACAGAGUGCCUUCCAUUAUACCCUUGCAAUGCAGGCUUGUUGACAGGUAAUCUGACCAUGUGUCUAAACCCGUUAAUUUGUUGUUGAGCCAUUUACUGGCUGACUGGGAUGGCACCAAGUUUUUGUGUUAUUUCUUGGUUCCAAAUGUGAUCCCUGCCAACAGCUCGCCUUAGACAUCUCAUUUCGCAGAUUAAUAUUUUUCUCUUUAGAAUUUUAUUCAGAGCCAAGGUUUGACACUGUAUCACUACCAUGUGAUUAUCAAAUGUCUGUAAUAAAUUUUGGACAUUAAUUUAUUUUAUCUGGUGUUUAAGAAGGUUAUAAUAAAUUUACAACAUAUAUAAUUUAAUUUAAAAAGUGUAAUCUGAUAUGGACUGAAAUUGCCCUGUGUGUAACAAAUGAUGCUUUUGAGACAUUGCAAUUCUCAAAAUAUGCACCAAUCAAUAGAUUGACUAAAUGUUGUUUGGGGCUAAAUCUUAAAAUUAUUCUUCUUUCCCAACACACCUAUCAUAUUAAGGUGGCAAUAAAAAUUUAAAACAGAACUCCCAGGUCAGUAAACCCCUAGAUACGCCAAAGCACUCUUUAUGCAUGCUACGGAACUAUGUGAUACUUGUAAUAAUGUGCAAAACCACCCCCACCCCCAAUACAACACAAUGAUCUGUAGUUUAUUAAAAUUUCCAUUUGUUAAUAGGAUAAGUUUCUAUUAACCAGGGAGUAUUUGCUCGGGUUUGUACUUGGAAAAAACGUCUAAAGUCUAAAAUGUUAUCAGCGUACACAUAAAUUUAGGCACCUGUCAAAAGCACUUCACAAAAUUACAAUUUAAAAUUUGUUUUUAUGAAAAGCCAGGUUUAUAAUAACUCUGGGAAAAAUUGAAUUUUGGGCCUAGCCCCUUUAAAUUAAUAUUCAAGCUGGGUUUAAAGACCAAAUCAAAUUUUAAAGAUGUCUUAUUAAAAAUAGGUUUGCAACAAUGCCAAAGCUCUUGACGCUAAUCAAUUAAAAUGAAAUAGGAUCCUUAUUCAAAAGGAGCUAUCAUAUUAGUUAUACUUAAGAUUGGGAACUAUACAGGUACUUUAGAUGAAUAUUCAAAUUAAUUUUUCAAAUGUAUUCCAUUAAAAUGGGAAGGAAUUAGCAAAGAUGUUGCCUUUUAAACUUUUACCAUUUGGGCUUCCGGCACCAAAAGAACUUAAUAAUCUUUAAUAGUUUACAGCAGUUGAAUAAUGUUUAGGUUGAAUAAUGAGGAAACUUUAUUUUCAAAAUGGUCCCAUUAAAAUUGGUUGAAAAAUGCAAAAGAUAAUUGGUUUUAUUUAAAAUAAAACUUGGCACCCACCUGCAUAAAGAGACAUGGAUAUUAUUGGUUUGAAAUCCACUGAUAAUUUAAAGGGGAUUAUGAUAUGUAUGUUUACCAAGUUUGGGCUGGAUGUAUCAAUUUAUGUAGAAGUUUGUAUUGUUAUCUAAGCCUUCUUGUAUAAGGAAAAUACUUUUUAAAACCUCUUACACUCAUUUGGAACUUUCAAGAAACUUCAAAGAUAUCUUUAAAUCUGGUUUCAUAGCAGUUUAGGACUAUCACAGACUUAUAGAAACAUAUUUUUUGAAACCUUCAAAAAUAUUAAUCUUUUUAAGUAGUCAUUAUCUCGAAGACUAAAACAUCUAAAAUAAAUUGUCAUAACUCUAUAGUUUUCCAUUAAAGUUAAAAUAAGGACCUCAGUGGAGACCCAUUCCAUUUAGGGACUGAAAUAAUUCAGCAGUUAAAUAGCCUCUGGUUUUUCAAUAUGCAUUUUCAAGUGCAUUUGUACCAAGUUUUGUCUAGAUCUAUCCAUAAAGUGUACUUUUAUUUAUGUAGUUCAUUUAAGAAAGAAUAACUUAAUAUUUUAUAUUUUAGGUUGGUUAAUGAACAAAUUAUAUUUUAACAAAUUGUCCCAUUGAAAUUGGUUGACAAAGGGGAUUCCCCUUCAUAAAAAAUAUGAUAUUAUUUUAAAAUCCACUGAUAUUUUAAAAAAGAUAAUGACAUUUAUUUUCACCUUGUUUUGUCUUGAAGCUUUCAUUGUAACCUAAGCCUUCGUAUAGGCCUAUAUCUUUGACUAUUAUAAGGAAAAUACAUUUUGUGACCUCCUACACUCUGUUGGAACUUUAUAUCUGAUUUGGAAGCAUUUGAGGAAAAUCAUAGAGAGUCAUAGAAUCAUAAGAAACAUAAAAAGGACAUUUUUAUCAAACCAAAUCUAGACAAAAUUAUUCUGUUUGUAAUUUAAGAAGUCUACAUUGAAUGUACUACUUGUAAAUAAUUCAAUUUAAAAAGUGAAAUCUACUAUGGAUUGAUAUUGUUACAUGUGUAACAAAUGUUGCCUUUGAGACAUUACUAUCCUCAUAAAAUGCAUCCACCCAUUUAGGGAUGUAGUUUUACUAAAUGCUGAUUUGGGGCUAAUCACAAACUUAUGAUUCUUCCUUCCACACACAAGUCUACUAUUUAAAGUUGGUGAUAAAAAUUAAUAAAAGAACACCCAUUAUUGUAAAACCUUAGGUACCUCAAAGCACCCUUCCCUGAAGUACAAUGGAACCUCUCAUAACGAGUUUAAUUCGUUCCAGACUCUUACUCGUUAAGCGAAACACUCGUUAAACGAAACAAUUUUUCCCAUACAAAUCAACGUAAAAUACGAUAAAGCGUUCCAUGCUGAAAAACUACUAAUUUUUCAAAAAAUUUUAUUAACAUUUAUUCAAAUAAAAUUACUUAUGAAUUGUUAAGCAGUGUAACAACUUGGAAAACAAUUUAGAUUUGAAACAAAAACGUAAAUAAAAAUAUGAAUUUAUGACAAAUAAUUAAUCCUUUUUAACUAGAAAACUGUCUAAAGACAUUUGUUUUUGCCAACGCUUCAAAAUUUGACGAAAGUGUGUCACAGCAUUAUCAUUGAAUAAAUUUAUAGCAGGAAUAGCCACGCUCACACCUUUUUCUCGCUUUUCAAUGAUUUUACGUUUCAUUUCAACAGUUAUUUUUUCUCUUUUAUGAUUGUCUUCUUGUGGUUUUUUUUUUUCGAAGACAUUUUAGCAUAGGUUAUUACACUUUGCACAUAAAAAAUUACAAAUACUGUUUGAAGACAAAAAUUGUAAAAGCUGGUGAUCACAAAUGAAAACAAUACGCUAACAGACAGAGUGCUAAACACAGACUAAUGCAAUGGUUCUCAAGCUUCCUAGUGCCGGGACCCUUUAAUAGAGUUUCUCAUGUCUUGGCGAACCCCAACAACCUAAUUAUUUAUGUUGCUACUUCAUAGCUGUAAGAAUAUGUGUUUUCAGAUAGUCUAAGGCGACCCCUGGGAAAGGGCCGGGCUACCCCCAAAGGGUUCAUGACCCACAGAUUGAGAACCGCUGGACUAAUGCAUCAGCUCACAAAUGAGUGUCAGGAAAAAGGGACUUCCCUUGUCUGCAUAACUCAUUAUGCGAAAUAUCGCUCGUUAAGGGAGCAACUUCUUCAAAUUUUUUUUUUUUUGCUUAUGCGAAUUACUCGCUAUGAGAGGUGCUUGUUAUGAGAGGUUCCACUGUAUAUGAUAAUUCUAAUGUACUAUAUUUUGAAAGCACAUAAAAUAAAGCUUUGUUUGAAAUGCUUGCACCAAACAAAAACACACCAAAAACCUUGCUUUUAUGGAUAUUUAAAAGCUCACCGCUAUGAAUAAAGUCUUAUUAAUAAUAUUAAAUCAAUUACCUUGAUUUUUUUUUAUUUUACUCUCUACAUUUUACGAUUUUUUUAAAUUAUAGCUUUUGGGAAAAGGGGGAUUCUGACCAAACUUUCCAGGAACUUCUAUAGGUCAGAAGGAUAGACCAUGUCAAAUUUGGUUGCAGUCCAUUGUUAAGUUUUCUUUUGAUUAAUUGACCCCUCUACAAACAAACAUAGUCACACUGAGCUUUAUAUGUUAAAUUUUAAAAAAAAAAUUUAAAAAAUAUGAAUUUUAAUUUAACACAAAUAAUAUUCAAGUCUUAAGAAAGGUGUACUACUUUUUUGUUGAUGGUAGGCAGAAAGAUCUCCAAUUUCAAUAAAAUUUAUUUGUAAGCAAGAAACCUAAUUUAAGCAACUAUAAAGAAUAUACAAAAUGUAGUUUUUAAAUGUAUGCUUUUCUUUUUGCCCAACUUAUUUAGUAAGAUUUUGGUUGAAAUCAUACUCAUCCGAAUGGUUUAGAAAAUUUUCAAUAGAUUUAAAAUUUACAAGUAGGCCUUACAAAGAUGUCCUAUUUGUAAGCUCUUCACAUAGUCAAAUGGCUUUUUCUAUAAUGUUAGUAAUUUUGUUAGUUAUCAGACUAUAACUAAGAGACAUUGAUAACUAUUGAUAAGAACAGCUUUUAGUGCUUUCAAAUAAAUAACCAUGAGAAAGAAACUCAAGAUAGAGGUCUUUGAUACAAUAACAGUAUCUAAUGUAAAUGGAUAUUGUUAAAACUGAAAUAUUUUCUCUAUGUGUAAAAAAAACUUUGGCUUGUUGCAUUUUGUACAAUUAUAGUAUUGUAUCACUAUCCACCUCUCAUGAAAUAGUUUCAUUUAAUUUUGCCAACAAAAAAUGGCUUUGUCCUUUUAAUUUUAAUGCCAAAAACAAAACUUUGGACGAAAACAAAAAUAAGUUGAAUUCAAUAUCCCACACAGAGUCAAUAUGAAUCAAAUAAUAUCAUUAAUAAGUGAAUGCAUCAAAUUAUAAUUAUCAACCCAAAAAUAUCAAGAUAAAAAGGCUAAUGUCCAACAUUUGGUGAAUCAUUAAUAAGAGGCUGUUGGUCAUAACAUUUCAUGCUAGGGUGUUUGCUUUGUGUCACUGAUCUCAAAUCAAACUCCUUAGAAAACUCAGCGUUUUAUUAGCUUGCUUUUUGAAAAUAAAAACAAGCUUUAAGAAUCUUUAUUACAAAUUUCUGUUUUUAUUUUCUAUUAUGCUAAAAACUACCUGGAAUGAAUCCUUUGUAAUUUAAGUUUUGAUUGGGUGAAGAAAUCCCUUUUUCUCUGUACUGUGAGUAUUGAACUAAUUGAUAUUUAAAAUUUCACUUACAGUUACAAAAUAAAUAUUACUUUGAUGUUAUAAGUUAUGAUACUUAAGUAUAGAUAAUGAUUUUGAAUAUUAACUUUAAAUCAUUUAUUUUAUUAAAUGCUGUAUAGAAUUUUUUUUUCUUAUCUUUUGCAGACCUAUGAAGCGUUCAAGUUAGGCAGUAAGUGGAGGAAACAUGUUACAAGCAUGACAUGUUCAACUUCAACUUUUUUUUCAAGCACAAUGAAAGCAAUAUAUAGAAUCUAUUCAUUUAUUCAAAACUUAAAUUUCUUUAUGCAUAAACAUAAUUUAGUGUAAUAGAUCAGUUUUUUAUUUUCCAAAAUAUGUCUAAGGAAACUUUUUUCAAAGGUAACAGUUGUUGCAUUUGGAUUUACAUGUUAAAUAUCAGAAAGGCAUAUUAAUUAUAUUUAACCUAGAGUUUAGAAACUUAGAUCAUUUACUAAACUGGCUUUAUAUCUGUUAUUAGUCAUUUUCUCUUAGUUUUCAUUCAUGUACUUUUUUUUUAAAGAUUAAUUUGUUUAUCCCCUUCAUAAAUGUAUAUGUAUUUUAGAAAUGAUGUUUCGCCUUCAUGAUCUAUUUUGUAUGUAAAAAAGGUUAAAGGUUCUAUAUUAUUGCUUAAAAGACCUUUGGCAUUUUCUAGCAACUAUUCUAUCAAUAAUCCACUCAUCAAAAACUUAUCAAAACUAAUUUGAAACUCAAUUUAUAAUUAGCUAUUUCUGCACCUUUUCUAAGAUUGAGUUAAAAGCAGGUCUGUUUUUAUUAUCAAGUUUGUAUUUUUUGUGUGCAUCUUGUCAUGUUUCGUAUUUCCAGAAAAACCACCAAAUAAAAAGAAGAAAACUGCUGUCAUUUCAUCAGAAGUGUUGGGAAAGAAGUCAGUAACUGUGGAAAUGGUUGAAGGUGUAAUAGAGCCCAUUCUAGGUAUGCAAUCAUUUUAAUUUGCUUGCUUUUAUUAUUUUAUAAACAUUGAUUCAUUUAUUGUAAGCUCUAAAUUAAGGGUGAAGGGGUUACCCUAUUCCGGAUUAUAUAAUAUAAACUAUCAUACAAUGUGAUUGCAUUGAUGGUGUUUUUUUUAACCUGAAAAUUUAGUGUUUAUAGCUGUAAAAAAAAUUAUAACAGGUAUUGAACAUACUCAUUUAUAAAUCUAUUCAUUCAUAAGUCAACCACCUAUAGUUUUGGCUAGGGAAAGCCUGAAUAGUGUGUGACAAGUAAGUCGAUAUCGUUGCAUAAUAUACCAGUAGAAGCAAUAUGGUACUAAAGAAAAUAAUUGAUAUUGUUAAAACCCAAUGUUUUAAAACGACUUAUUGUGUGCAUUAAAAGACUUAAAAACUAAUAAACAUGCAGUAUUAUGUUUAACACAGAUAUUUGCUUAGUAUGUCUACCGGUAAAGAGCCCAUCUCUGCAAUUGCCAAAUGAGGACAAAACCAGUGACCCAAUUUUGCACAUCGCAUUAUUUUGAAUUGCGUUAUUUAUUUUUUCUUCAUUGUUUUCUAUAAUAGAAUAAACUUACCUGGAGAUAAUUAUACAAAUCUAUGGCCUGCUCAUAAGCUACCACCCCACUUGUUCACAAAAAAUUUUUUUUUUAAGUGAGCUUAUGAACGAGUAAAUAUGGUAAUGAAUGAUUUACAAAACUAAACUUUUUAUGUACAUUUUUAAAUGUUAUUGAAAGUUAUUGAGUAACCAUUAAAGAUUUAAAUUUUCAACUCCUUGAAAUGGCAGGUUUUUCUAUUAUUAAACUCUAUGGGUAUUGCUUCUUUUGAAGAGAAUAGCAACAAAAUAAUUUUAUUUUAAAAAAAUGUGAUGGUUGAUGUUUGUUUCCCGUGUCCUAUAUUUCCUUCUCCUGUUAUAACAUUAAAAUUAAAACACAUUAAAAUUUACACAAAGCAAUUGUGUUAAUAUUGAUCUAGUCUCGGUAACCUAAAUGUUAUCUUCACAGCUUUUUUUUGUAGGUUUUGAUUACUAAAUAAGUGACAGUUUUAUUUAUGGCUUUUAAAAAAACAUGUAUAUAUUGAAAAUAUAUUAGUUCUUGCUUAUAUUUUUUUCAGGACUUUCUUACAUAACAGAAUAUCAUAGCCAAUCAGGCAUAAUCAAUGUUUGCAAUCUUUGCGGUGUAAAAUUUGAUCGCAAUAUUGUGGUUUCUCAUGUUACUGGGACAAAGCACAGAUUGCACUACAUGGUAAUUAUAUUUUCUUAUUUUUAUUGCUUUUGUUGGUACUGUCAGACUGGUUAAAACACAAAUGACAUUUUGAAUUUCUAGAUUAAUUUUUUUUUUAUUUUUAAUCGAAUAAUAAAAUUCAUUUAAAGAUAUCCCUUUGGGUCCUGCAUAUCUAUGCUAAACAAUGUUGAAAUAGUAAGUAUAUUCAAUAGUAAAGUGCAUUCUUACAUACCAGGCAUUAGCCUCAUUGAUUCAUGGAGCCUUUAGCUCUCUUGUCUUUGUUGUGAACCUAUUGAGAUUUAAAUAAGUAUAUUCAAUAGUAAAGUGCAUUCUUACAUACCAGGCAAUAGCCUCAUUGAUUCAUGGAGCCUUUAGCUCUCUUGUCUUUGUUGUGAACCUAUUGAGAUUUAAAUAAAUAGGAUCAUCAACCAUACUUUCUCAUCAAAAUAUUGCUGCUCGCAAAUCUACGAGUUACAUUCUAAAUUAAAAGCUCUUCAAGUUUGCUAAUAAAAAUUUGAAUUUACUAAUAUUCAAAUUUUUCUUUUUUAAUAAAUACUUGCAGAAAGAAAACAGACCUUCAGUUUAUGUCCAUCUUAAGAAAUUUGGUGGGAAAAAAUCUCAGCUCUCUGCAUUUCUAGAUGAGCUGAGUUUGGAUGCAGAGCGUGAAGAUGGACGUGGAGUUCCUUCAAUUAAGGUUUUAUUUGGAAAUUGUGUAUUUGCUAUUUAUACUUGUAACUGUGCACACAUGACCUCAUUAACAAAGCAAAGAAUUUUUUUACCAAUAUUUUGGCUUUUUAUUACAUUUUUGCGGGGGAUAUUUGUACCAGUAUUUGGAAGUCUUUGUACAGUAAUUAUUAUUCGGUUUUAAAUUAGUUUGCUUAUAAUUGCUUUCAAAUCAGGUAUUUGAGCAGCCAGAUCAUGAUGAUGAAGAAGAUGCAUCUGUAAUUGAAAUAUCUCUCAAUGAGGCUGAUGAUGAAGAAACAAAAGAAAAAAAACAGAAAGAAGCUAUGCUGGCACGAAGGAAGCCUGGCAAUAUUUCAUUUCAGGACUGGGUUAAUGAAGGUUUGCAUUACAUCUUCGUUGAUAUAAUUUAUUUAGCUGUUCAACUGAUACCAUUACUAGAUAAUGUAUUUAGGGAGGAAAAAGUUGUGUUUUUUUUAAAUUUUAAAUUAUGGGUCAUCUUUUACUUUUUAAAUAUUUAAUCAGUAAGUUUCUCAAGCUAAAAAAAUAUAUUUGUAUUAAAAUAAGCACUUUUAUCAAAUAUUUUCUUAUUGAUUUGUACUACCGCACUUGAUUUUAAUUUGCUUUUUCUUUCAUCUAGAAAUUAACAAGUCUAAAAGUAAAGGUGCUGAAAAGUAAGUAUUUAAAUAUAUUAUAGCUUUAUGUCAAGCUAAUCUUAAUUCUUGCAUUAUUGCUCCAAGAUAAAUGCUUUUUCUAACUGUCAUAAAGUUUUUUAGUUUUAGUGAUAAACAAAAUUGGUAAUCAGAUGAAUUUCUAAGUGACUAAUACAGUUAAAAUACAAGAUUUUUCUAGAUGGUCUUUAGAAACCCAAUCAAUUGUUUUAUCUUAGACUAACAUUGAACACAUAGUAAAGAUCUUAGAAGAACCUACUUAGAAUUUUUAAUAACUGUGAUUAUGGCUGUCAAGGGUUACCCUUGUAUAGUCUUUGGCAGAUGGCUUCUCCAUGUGUGAGGUGGGGGCAAGCGUGUUGCCUUUCCAAACCUAAUUUUGUUGUUGGCAGACUUGAGCAUGAUUUGUUCUCAUGCUAACAGUACUGGGUAUAGGACAUGCUUAGUAUCAUUGUGUGCACUAUAAGAAGCAGUGAGCAUCACUAACUUUCUUUUCCUGCCUUAUACAAACAUACAAAGAAUGAAUCAUUUAUACUGACGACAUCCAGUCACUGUAAUAUUUCAAUGUCUUAUUUAUUUUAUCUACUUUCCCAUCAUAUGGUUUAUAACUAAAGACUUCACUUCAAAAUCUUUUGUUUUCUUAUAUUAUUUGGUUUGCUUGUGCUAUUAUAUUCAGUUUUAUUACCAUGCAAGUGUUGGUUUUUUUUUAAUACUAUAUAUUUUUUCUUAUAUUAAAGAGUGAAAAAUUAUGAAGAAGAAGAUUCUAGUAAUUCUAGCCACUUUAAAUUUGGUGCAGGUUAGUGCUUUUUAAUUUGGUCAUCCAUAUGUAUACAAUUUACCAGCGUGUCGUGCCAAUGUGAAAAAUUUGUCUUUUAAAUUGUACACAACUUAAUUCCUAAUUUACUGUAGGGUUGUUGUAAUACUGGGUUAGAUAACAUGUUAAUUAACUCCUGGGUCAUAUUUCAAUAAAUAUAAAAGCUAGACACAUUGUGUCAUAGUGACUGUUAAACCCUAAUGUUUGACCAAAAUAAAAUAUGAUUAAUGAUAAAUAUGGCUAAAAUAAAGUUCUUGUUUUUAGUAAAUGAAAAUAUUUCAAUUAAAUGAUUGUAUCAUUCAUUGACUCUGCAAGACUGAAUUUUUACGUUAGCUUACUGGUUUUUUUCAACAGGUUCAUCUGGUCCUCCAGUAAAUAAGAGCAUGGGAGUUCAACCCCAUUCACUGCACCCUGAUUUUCCGAUUAAACAGAAAUCUCAGCAUGGUCCUAUCCCUAUGUUUGACCCUUUGCUGCACAAUUUACCUAGACAUCCCCACCAUCUGCCUCAUUUUUCACAUGCAGAUGAUCAUUUACCUCACCGCUAUAGACUAGAACCUUUUCUACCUAGGAUGGAUCCAUAUUUUGACCCACUUUUUAACCCACUUUUCGACCCAUAUAGAAGUGAUCCACAAUUAUAUCAUGAUAGACCACUGCUACCGCCAAGCUCCAGAAGUCAACCAUAUCUAGGCUUAGACCCACUGAAGCAAUCCUUGGGCAGAGGAUAUCCUCCUGGAGAUCCCUAUUUUGAUCCCAACCCAUUAAAAAGUGGCAGGAAUUUUGAACCUUUUCUUGAUCCUGACCCCACAAAACGAGUUAGGAAUUCAGAACCCUACCUUGAUCCGGACCCCACAAAACGUGUUAGGAAUUCAGAAUCCUACCUUGAUCCAGACCCUACAAAACGAGUUAGGAAUUCAGAACCCUACCUUGACCCAGACCCCACAAAACGAGUUAGAAUUUCGGAACCCUACCUUGAUCCUGAUCCACUGAAACGUUUACCACCCAAGAAGACUGUUCCCACACCAGUAGUCUUUGAUUAUGGUCAUGGAAGUGGUGACAAAAAUGAUACCACCCCUCAUAAAUCAUCUGUCCAGAAGACAGCAGACAAAUGGGAAGAUGAUAUCCAACAAAUUCUUGGAACAGACACAAACAAAGCACCAAACAGCUUGGCUAUUCUCAGCAGCAAUUAUUCCUCACCUGAAAGAUCUCCUCCACCCGUACCAGGAAAAAAACCACGCAUGACUGAUAAGCCACUGCCUUUCUCAAGAUCUUACCUAGAAACGCAUUUGCCCCUCAAUAUUCCUAAAGUUACUGGACCAAAGAAACCAGAAAAGAUUUCAGACUACAAGUCUGGUUUAGGACCAUCAUCUUCUAACAAGGGUUAUAUUGAAAAGGACUUAAAUGACCCUAAACCAAGUUCCUCUCAAGAGCAUCGUUCAAGACAUAAAUCUCAAACCCACGGUCCUGAACAUGAUAAACAAAGUACCUAUCAAGAGCAUUAUUCAAGACAUAAAUCUCAAACCCGCAGUCCUGAACAUGAUAAAAAUCGCAGAUCUAGAACACCAGACCACUUAAAGGGUAAUAUACUAAGAAGUUCAAUUUCAAUAAGCAGUAGAAUAUUUACCUUGGAAGCACAUAAGUAUUCAGAUAGCCCUAAGCAUUCAUCAAAACGCAGACAUUCCAAAAGUCCUGUUGAUAGCAGUUCAAAUAAAGCAAGAUGCCCAAAUGCCUCACAUCUUUCAAAGUCUACAGAUAGGUCUAGAAUGUCACCUUCUUCAAAAAAACAUCAAAAGAGUUUUGAAUCCCAAUCUUUGGGCAGAACUCAAGCUGACACAAAAAAGGAAAUGCAGGUAAUUUUUAUUUUAUUGGAAUGCCUAUACUAUAAAUGACUUCAGUAAACCAUUGGCAUUCCAUUGAACUAUUUAUAAACAUUGUGCUGUGAUUUAAUUAUUUUCGUUAAUUAUUAAUGCAAUUAAACAAAAUUGAAUAUACCAAGUACCACAAUUAUGAUAGAAUUUUAAUUUUUUUAUGUACCGAUUAUUACAGUUGUUAACUUUUAACCAAUUUUAUUGAAUCUGAUAAUUAUCUUUUUAGUCUCAACUUUUUUUUUUCUUUUGAUUACUUAUCAUGAUUGAAAUGGUAGAAAUUUUCUCAUUGUUCUCUAGGAUAUUUUGUCAGAGGCGGAUGAAGAAGCACAAGCAGAAAAAAUUGCAAAUUUAUUGUUACAAAUGGUGAGUUUUAAGUUAUAAACAUUUAUUUUUAGUUACUACCCCAUUAAAAAAAUGAUGUUAAGUUACUCAGUAACUUACUGUAAAUAGUAAUAUUUGAAAUAAAUUGCUUGCCCAAAAAAAAAGGUAUAUCAAAUGAACAAAUGAAGAGCAUUUAAUUAACAUUCUUUUUCAGUCUGGUUCAUUAUCAGAGGCGGGAGAUGCACAGUCAGCAUUGCGAAAGUUGUUUGCAAAUUCAGAUCUGACAGAAGCAUUGUUUGCUGCUAAAACUAACUCAGAUGAAGUAAUUGUAAGUAAACGAAAUUUCCAAGAUAAAUUUGUCUUGUAUAUUUGCAAAGCUUAAUUGAUCAUGUUUUUAAUGUUUAAUUGUUCCACUGGUUGUUAACUUAUAAAUAAUAUGAUAUUCAUGCAAAAUCAUGAUUGCCAGGCCUUAUUUAGUUUCUGUUGGUACUUCAUAUUUUAAAUUUCUAUUUCAUUUUUUUUAUUUUUAAGCAAAAACGUUUAACCAGCCAUGGAAAGCCUGACCCACCAUCUCAGCCUCAUAGACAAACCAAGGGUAAUGCUUCACAAACUCAACCACCACCAAGAAGAGAAAGGGUUACUUUCUCGUUGCCAGUUUCAAGUAAAGGACAAAAUUUUCGAAGCACUCUGCCAUCAGAUUUUGCUGCUGAUGAAGACACUGAAUAGAAUUACCAGAUGUCAUUUUCAAAUUACACUAUAAAUGUAUGCCAGUGUUGUUAUUCUGUGUAAAGCUUGAUUGUUCUCAUAAUUUUCUGUUGUUCUUUGUUAAUUUUUUUGUUUUCAGGUUAUGUGUUAAGAACUAAUUUUUAUAAUCCACUCUUACAUUAUACUAUGCUGCAAAGUCCCCUUCUUAUUUCCAAAGUACCUGCUGAUCUAACUUCCAGCUGAUGAGCUGAGACAUGGAAUUUCAUCCCGUCAAGUGCCAGACCCUGUCAGUCUCCAGAAGCAGGUUCCCUCUAACCCCUCUUACGAACUGCAUGGCCAUAUUCUUGAGCCAGUUUCCUCCGUAAAGUACUUGGGUGUUACCAUCCAAAGAGAGGUCCGCUGGGACGAGCACAUUAACAGUGUGUACAACCGGGCAAACAAGACCCUGGGGUUCCUAAGGCGCAAUCUGAAAAUCGGCAACUCAAGCGUGAAAGAAAAAGCCUAUAAAGCCUUUGUCCGACCUAUUUUAGAGUAUGCUUCUACAGUCUGGGACCCAUUUACCCAGAAAAGCAUAGACAGGUUGGAGGCAGUCCAGCGACAGGCAGCACGCUUUGUCAUGAACCGCUACAAAAGCACCUCGAGUGUUGGUAGCAUGCUGGAAACACUGGGCUGGUCGACAUUGGAAGAACGACGACGACUAUCCAGGCUCACCAUGUUGUACAAGAUAACAAAUGGGCUGGUGCACUGCUCCGGAAUCAAACAGAAACUCGUUCAUCUUCCCCCCAGACUGCGACGAAGUCACGACAAACAGUUCCGGCUGGUAAAAACAAGAACGAAGUACAGAAGCUCCUCAUUCCUGCCGAAGACAAUAGGGGACUGGAACAAGCUUCCAAAAGCAACAGUUGAGGCGGCUACACUCGAUACAUUUGUGUCUAUUGCCUCCUGUAUUCCAACCCCCAGUUCAUAACACCACUGCUGAGUCGCCCUUGCAACCAGUGAAGUAUCCCAUUGAAACCCAUGGACAGUAACAUCGCAAACCCCUCUGAAACAUAGGAGCCAGAAUGAUCAAUUCAUUGAUCGUGGGCCCUUAAAAUAAAGAAGAAGAAGAAGAAACCUCUUUUGCUUUACUAUCCUCUUUCAGGGCACCUAGCAUCUUAUCUUCGAUUCAAUGUAACUGUAUAAGGUUUCUGUUAUUCUUGCAAAAAUAUAGCUCUUCUUUCUGAAGAAUUCUAAAUCUAAAUGAUUUUACAGUCUUUCCUUACAAGAGUUAGAAGUUGAGAAUGGCUUUCCAAGUUCUUGAGUAGUUCUUUAGCAAGCUUAGAUGAUGAAACCAUCUAACUCUAACUGAUGAAGAAUUUUUUUAAAGAAAGAAUCUAUUGAAAUUUGUUCAUAAUAUUAUAUUGAUGAAAUUGAUGUUCCUUCUGUUGACAAUGACUCUGAAUUCAGACUUAAGAACUUCCAGAUACUUGGUGGCUAAUGCUAUUUUCUUAGUGAGUACUGGCUAGUGAUGUGCAGGCCAUAAUUUGUGCAGGUUGUUAACACCAAAACUAAGUUAGGCAGGAGUGGGUUGAUUUUUUUGGUUGAGUUACAAAUUCAUUGGUCCUGAAUGGUUCUUGUUUUUGUUACACCUGCAUUACAAAUAAAGUGCGAUAGCUAACAAUAAAAUGUCACUUAUCAAAUCAGUGUUAAGUUUUGUAAGAAAUAUUUUAUUUCAUUAACAGAAGCAACCAUUUCAAAAAGCAUUCUCUAACUAUAAACAUCUGAUGACUUUUUUUAUUGUGCUAUCCGAUUCAACUUUCCUGCCUCUCUCUUUAAAUUUGACUGGCAUUGCUG